AUGGCUGCUCAACUAAUCUUACUGUUGCUUGCUAUUCCUGUCUUUAUCAACGGUCUAGGUAUUAACCUAACCCAAGUUUCUGUUAAUGACACCUGCUCUUACCACAUGUGUCCAUGCGAAAACCAAGAAGCCGUUGGUGAAAGGAGAUUGUGCCACUGCGACGAGCUCUGUGUUAAGUACGACGACUGCUGUUCCUGUCUUGUGGAUGGUUUGCUGAUUGGGAACUCAUCAUCAGUGGCAGCCACCACGCCAGAUACUGAUCGUCCUUCUAUGUCUGGAGGAACACCAAUAGAUGACUACGUAAGGUGUAUCCAGACACAAGAUAUACGCGCCAAUGAUCGUAAGCCUCGUUUCGGUCAUCGCCUGAUUUCACUCUGUCCUGUUGAUUGGGAGGACAAUGUCAUCGGUAUUCGUGACCUGUGCCAGACAGACAUUGGAUUCGUAUCGUCCAUUCGAGGCAGUCCAGUUUAUAGCGUUCAAGACAACCUUCACUACAAAAAUGUCUAUUGUGCAAUCUGUCAUGGUGUUGCACUCGAGAACGUUUCGUUCUGGUAUACUUUAUUUGCUUCACAAUUGUUUAAUCAACCUGCUCCCUCCGAGGACAUUAUGAUUCACUGGGAUGCACAGAAUGUUAGCUUUAAAAAGAGGUGGAAGAGAGUGACAAGACCAGGCUACCAGUCCAAUUCGACAGUACGAAAAUUCGUCAAAAUAAAAUUGCUUGCGCCUCGUAACUGCGUUCUUGUAGACGUCGCGUGGUGUCCUCCGUUAACCAACAAAGCGGAUAAGCAACUUUGCCAUCAUGGCUAUCUCGCCCCAGUCGCUCUAAAUGGUAUUACCUACCGAAACAAGUUCUGCGCCAAGUGCCACUUUUCUUCGUCAGAGCAAUACCAUUGGUGUCAACCACUUAUAGAAGGUGGGCGUGACGGUUCUUCAAUGGCAACCCUCAUGAUCUUCUCGGAUCGCACAGAGUUCAGUUUCGGGGGCACACGAAAAAAAGUCUGCAGCACCAGCCAGUUGUACGAUCCGUAUAUUGGCCAGUGUCGUGAUUUGACGUGCCCCGGUGGAUAUGACUUUUCAGAGAACGGCGAAAAUUGUGUGCGAGUUGAUGGAUUGGCCUUAGACGUUGAGAUCAAGCUGACGGUUACUGGCAGUUUCCCAGACGUAGAACGGUCAGACACGAGUUGGGAAACGGCCGUACAUCAAUCUGUAGACGAUUUCCUGUCAAUUGUUCUCUUGGCAACCAAAGAGGGAAACGACUUGACCAGAAACAAUGCGAACAUAUUUUGCAAUGACCUCAAGGUAACUUGGGUUUGUUCAUCAGUCGAGCCGAGGGCAUUACCUUCUAGAGAUAGAUGCGCACAGCACCAUGCCUCGCAGUGUUUCGUGAACAUAUCACUUGACUGUGAUGCGUCACCUACGGAUCAACUGAUCAACUUCAACCACAUGGUUCAGGAUGAAUGUCUCAAAGAGGGGGGUCUUUGGAAUAGCACCUACCAUCUAGACUCCUUCACGGUUGCACCGACCUGUAGUUUGCAAUCAGACGAGUCCCGAAACCAGACGAACUCAUCUGAGCACCGAUCGACCAAGUUUCUUGCAAAGGCCCUGAUCUGGGACGCGACAUUGGGUGAAUUAAUGGAAACAAACCUAACUGAAUACUGUGAUUGCCCACUGCUCACAUUCUCCAUGACAGACUACGUCUUCACUGGCGCCCUCAAUGACUCUAUUAAGUUAAUCGGUUAUGAUGACAUCAUCCUCCUUAACGGCCAGUAUAAGUUAUCGGAUAAUGGAUAUGUUGAAGUUUGCAGUUUCUUGGUGAAAACAGCGCCCUCUUCUGACGGUGAUCUGGACGAACUGGUUCAACUUAUCCUAACAGUUGCAGGGAGCAGCGUGUCCAUGGUCGGGCUGACGGUCACAAUAGCCACGUAUGUUGCAUUUCCAGCUCUCCGUCGGAACGUGGCUGGCAAAUCUCUAAUGAGUCUGGUAGCUGCUCUCUUCUUUGCACAGGCAACGAUGCUUAUAGGGUUCAACAUGAAUGACAUCCAAGAGUUAUGCAGCGGCUUUGCGAUCGCUGGUCACUUCUUCUGGCUCUCGGCUUUCUUUUGGAUGAAUCUACUCGCCAUUGACAUCUACCGCACCUUCGGUGUCGGCAACAGACUAAAGAACGUCACCACGUACAACCGAUCUGUCUGGUGUUACGCCCUCUACGGCUGGGGUUCACCGACAGUGAUCGUCUGCGUGUGCGUGAUUCUGAGCUACUGCAACUGCGUGGAUGUGGACGUACACUACGGCGAUAGCGAGGCUUGUUGGCUAGGUGGAGGGACGGCAAACUUGGUGGCUUUCGGGGUGCCGGUGGCCCUGAUUAUUGGCACCAAUGCAGUUCUGUUUGCAUUGACCAUCAUCGGGAUCAGCAUAACCAGGCGUGCCUCGAAUAAGAUGAACAUCACGCAAGGACAAAAGUCAUCGGCGAAGCGGGCAAACACCGACCUGCUCCUGUAUGUGAAGCUAUCAGCCAUUAUGGGCUUCACUUGGAUUUUUGGCUUCAUCGCAUCCCUGUUCAACCUCCCAGCCUUCUGGUAUCCCUACAUAAUCCUCAACUCACUCCAGGGGGCGCUCGUCUGUCUCGCCUUUGUUUGCAACAGGCGCGUCAUCGCCAUGUGGAAGACCAAACUGGGAAUGCACAUCCUCAGAAAUGCCCGUAAUGAAAACUCAUCUAGCUCCACAGCUCAGAAGAAGACAAAUCGGGAAAUGGUCACCCUGUCAGAGAAGAUCGCUGAGGAAAGCAGUAACACCAUCAAUAUGACUAAAAUGUAA